GAGAGACGAGCGAGCCGAGCCGAACCGAACCGGGCCGCAUCAAAACAGAGACAGACAGAGAGACAGACAGGCUGCUUCCUCUCCUCCUGCGCGACGGCCGGAGUCAUCCUCCUCCCCGAGGGUCUUGCCCCGGAUCACCUGACCCGUGAUGCGGCUUGGCGUUCCAGUGUGACGUCUUCAGGGACUUGAAUCUGUGAGGUGGAUCCAACAUGGCGGCUGUGUGGUUAACAGUGUGCGUCGUGCUGCUGCCUGCCACAGUCUGUCUGUCUGCAGGUUUCCAGUCUGAACAUCUGGAGUGCGCCUACGCUGAUCAGGGGGCGGAGCCUCACAGUGGACUGACCAUUGAGCUGCGAGGAGAGGUUCAAGAAAACGGCACGAUUCGCUGCAGGCAUAACUUCCGGUGCUAUGGAUUGUGGGAAAAGAGAUCAGACGGGGAAAUACACCUGGUCAAACAAGGUUGUUGGACUCAUCAGCUGGAGUGUCAAGGCGACCGUUGCCUGGUAACAGCGAUGCGGAACAGUAACUACAGGUUCUGCUGCUGCAGCCAACACCUGUGCAACGUUAACUACACCGAGGCCCCGCCCACCGCCGACAUCCCCGCCCUGAGGGCGAUGAUGUCACACGGCUGGGACCGACAGACAGCUCCUGAGCUGCUGUGGCGGGGAAAGACGGCCCUCGUCGCCCUGGUAACCGUUGCUGUAGCAGCCAUUGUCAUCAUAGCGUUGUUCCUGGGAUACCGCAUGAUGAGAGGGAAGAAGAAGCACAGUCUGUCCUCUCUGGACGUGAUGGAGGCGGCAAACUCAGGUGCUGCUGUUGACCUGGACAACCUGAAAUUACUGGAGCUGAUUGGUCGAGGUCGUUAUGGCACAGUGUUCCGCGGCUGUCUCGAUGAGCGCUGCGUGGCCGUCAAACUCUUCAGCUCGGCUAACCGUCAGAACUACGCUAACGAGCGCUCCAUCUACUGUCUGCCUCUGCUGACGCAACACGACAACAUCGCACGCUUCACCGCCGCCGACGAGAGGACGGCUGCCGACGGACGGCCAGAGUUCAUGAUCCUCAUGGAGUUCUACCCACACGGCUGCCUGUCUCGUUACCUGUCUGUCUACACAGUGGACUGGUCUACCUGCUGCAGGAUGACUCACGGUGUCACCAGAGGACUGGCCUUCCUGCACACAGAGCUGUACAGAGGAGACCAGUACAAGCCGGCUGUGGCCCACAGAGACGUGACCAGCAGGAACGUUCUGGUCCGGUCCGAUCUGUCCUGCGUCCUCGCAGACUUCGGUCUGUCCAUGAGACUGACGGGGAAUCAGCCCUGUUGUCCCGGAGACGACGACACCAUGGCAAUAUCUGAGGUGGGGACGGUCCGGUACAUGGCUCCGGAGGUUCUGGGUGGAGCUCUGAACCUCAGGGACUGUGAGUCGGCGCUGAAGCAGGUGGAUGUUUAUGCUUUGGGUCUGCUGUACUGGGAGAGCUUCAGGAGGUGCUCACACCUGUUCCCAGAUGAAGCAGUACCAGAGUAUCAGCUGGCGUUCCAGGCAGAGUUGGGGAAUCAUCCGAGCUUCGAGGAGAUGCAGAUCCUCGUUGCCAGAGAGAAGUUCAGACCCAGAUUCCCUGAAGCCUGGAAGGAGAACAGCCUGGUGUUACGUUCUCUGAAGGAGACGAUGGAGGACUGCUGGGAUCAGGACGCUGAGGCUCGACUCACCGCUCAGUGUGCUGAGGAGAGACUGAUGGAACUCACACUGCUGAGUACACACAAUGCAGUACUUAACCACAGGAAUCUGUCUCACAGCUACUGGCCUCCUCAGGCUGGCUCCACCUCCUCCUACAUUGAGGAUCUGCAGGUGGGUGUGGUCAAGAAUCUCCAGGGAGACGGCCACCCAUCAUCAGUUGUCAGGACGACCACGAGUGGAGCUGAAGGUGCAGAAAAGAACAGAAACUCCAUCAACUACGAACGUCAGCAGGCUCAGGCUCGCUCGUCUGGUUCAGACAGCAGCGUCUUGUCCAACACAGUCCAGACUCCGUCCACCGUCCUCUGCAGCAUCUCCGAGUCUGAACACACCGGUGGCGCUGUGUCCAGUGUCCCAGUCUGCCUGCAGCUGACAGAAGAAGACCUGGAGACCAACAAACUGGACCCCAAAGAGGUCGAUAAGAACCUGAGGGAAACAUCUGACGAGAACCUGAUGGAACAUUCACAGAAACAGUUUGGAUCAUCACAGCAUCAAAUCAACAACCUGCUGUACCAUCAGACGAGUAGUUCGGUGACGACCCCUCAGGGUGAAAUGGGGGCUGUUGGUGGGGUUGGUACCCCUCCUUCCUCGUCCAUCCACCCCCUCCCCAAACAGCAGAACCUGCCCCAGAGGCCCACCACUCUCCACCUUCUCCCCAAGACCAAGGAGACCACUUCAGCCUCUUCCCGACUCAAACUAGGGAAGCUCAAGUUAAACCACAGACAGGUGGAAACAGGUGUUGCUAAAAUGAACGCGGUUACGGUCGCCACGGCCGUAGAGCCUUACCUGGUAACCACGGUGACGAACAACACCAACACGAGAGGCAGUGCCACGACUGGGAACCGAGGCCAGCCGAGAAUGGUGGUUGCCAACAGCUACAGUGCGGGUGUCCCCACUUUGGUGACGAAUGGUGUCAUAGGCAGAGGUCGAACCAAUCCAGCGGGCCCACAGGUGGAGGAGGAGGAAAAGAUGGAGAGAGGGAUGAUCGGAGGAGAGGACAACUGUAUGAACCUGCUGAACUUCAGUCCUGAUGAACACGAACCGCUGCUGACAAGCGAACAACCGCCAGCUGAGAGCGAACCCCUUCCUCAUCUGCAUCAUCAUCAGUCAAGACCUGGAAGCAUCUUGACAGGACGAGGCACAAACUCCAACAACAACAACAACAGAAUAGCUUCAGGAUCAGGCGUCAAGAUCCAGGGCAGCCCUAAACCUGAGCCACACCUGGCAGGUCAGCAGAUCAGUGAAUCUGGCCCAACACCACAGGUCCCUCCCAUUGGCCAAGGUUCAGAAGAUACAGGUCCAUGUGUCCAGAGAACCCUUUGUACAAAACCAGUAUUGACCCCACGACCUACAAGAAGCCCAAAGGCUCAUCUGGUCCAAUUCACUGCCAGUCCACCAGUCCCAGGCUGCAGCAAUCCAGAUUCUGGUUCAGCAUCCCCAGUUUCACAAGCACAAGAACCGGCCACCAAAACUUUAACCUCACAAGCCCAAGAUCCACUAAUCCUUGCCCCAGAAAAUCAACCCCUAAAAGCCCCAGGACCAGAUCCCACAGAUCCAGAAGCCCCAGAACCAGAAAAAACAGUUGUGUUGUCUCAAGAUCCAGAAACCACGACUCUUGCAGAAGCUUCAACACCAGAACCUGCAGCUUUACAAAGUCGGGCCUCAGAUCCAACUCCAGCUCAAUUGCGGCCCCAGAUGGGACCGACCAAAGCCAAAAGGCCUGUGCGUCCAAGUUCCCUGGAUCUGUCUUCUUCCUGCAUCUCCUCAGAUGAUGUUUCUCUGACAGAGAACGGCAGUCUGAGUGCUUCAGGAGAGAAAAUCAAACGCCGUGUCAAGACUCCGUACACCCUGAAAAAAUGGCGUCCGGCAUCAUGGGUUGUUUCCACGGACACAGCUCUCGACCCGGACUUCAACUUCAACACCGGUGGUAGCAGCUGUCAGACCCAUUUCUCUCAAAGAGCAGGGAGCAUCGGUGCCCCCAAAAUCAACCAGUCAAAGUCCAGCAUGGCUGUCUUUUUGGUUGGAGGAGGAGCCACAGCGACCACGACCUCGGAGCCGGAUGGAAUGACCUGCUUCUGAAGACGCUUGGUUUAAAGUUUUUUUUGUUUGUUUUCUUAAAGAGCAGAUUAAUUUUUCACUUCUUUGUCUUCCUUCUCUUUCGUUCGUGGAAAAUAGAGAUUACCUUCUGCCGCACUAAACUGACGUAACGCUCAAAACAUGACCCACAAUAAGAAGCUCCAGAGUCUUUAGACAGACAGACUUCAAGGACUGAGAAUCAGAGUUUGGAUUUCUUCUUGCAUCUCCACUUUUUGACGAAUUGCUGCCGAUUGGCUCAGUCUAUUUGAACUUUGACCCUGCCUGUGUAGCGACAACUGCGAUGUCCAAAGUAUGUUUGUGUUGGUGGUGAAUCCUUAACAUUUAGAUGAUUGGCUGCUGUCGGGGCUGUAGCCUUGUGGUUGGUUUGUGUAGUAAGUUGCUAGUUGAUGUGGUCUUGAUAUUACCUGGGUAACAAAAUUGCUCAAGUGCUCAAAAAGGAAGUUUGUGGUAGACUUUGGGGUCCCACAGGUUCACCUUUGGCUUCUAGAUGUUCACCCUCUUUACCCAAGGCCUUCAAGUUCUCUAAUCUUUUCCUGUUGCUGGUGAACCGAGGCAGUUUCUUUACUUCUUGAUACAGUAGCUCCUGUUGUAAAUAUGGCCUGGAUCCUAACCAAGCUGCAACCUCGGUAGCCUGCAUUAGCCGGUGAAGGAAUAACCGUCAGGAUGUCACUGACCAGAACCACCACACUGAGCCUCCAACUCUUAAGAGAUCCAUGAUUGAUGUUUAUUUAUACAGUCAGUGAUCCUGCAUGAGGCUUCAACAUUUCUUCAAGUUAAUCGUGAUCAGUUCAGGAUCCUUUCUGGAAGAUGUUCAGGCUCCUGCGAUGACUCAGCUGGUGGCUUAUACAACUGUCCAGUGGCUCGUUAGAGAGGAUAGAGUCAAGUUAGUCAAACCUUUGGAAAUACUUUAGGAAACUAACAAACCAUGAAGGAGACCUCGUGCAGCCACAACAGUACUUUGUGUUUUGUGUCUUUGUACGGCGUUCUGUGAGUUCAGAGGCGUCUUUGCUUUAAACUCUAGCUAUGCAGUCAGCUCACAAUGUCGUCCCGUUGAUGACGUCGCUGCUGGAGGAUCUGUAUUCUUCUGAUUUGCAAUUUCUUUUAUGAAGUAGUCUCAACUGCCUUGUGAGGUCUGCUGCGACCGCCAUGUUUGGGCUGGAAGGACGGAGGACGUCGACAGAGAGAGAUAAGCCACGUCGUUCCCGCUGAGUUCAUCCAACUGUCAGCCUUGUGGCCUGCGUUACCUCGGCCACGUUCAACCUCCUCAGGAACCUUUACAACACGUCUACGAUGAACGGGACGCUCAUGGUUUACUUAUUUAUAGAUCAAGAAGAAGAAGGAAGGUGGAGGACGGAGCUCAAAUAACUUAAAGGUCUCAGUAAGACUCAAACUAAAUGAUCUCUGACGUUGGUUUGAACUUCUUAUUUUAAUGCAGCACUUCUCACAGGUCGACACUUUGUUUGGUCGGUCGAGUAAAUUCAGAUUAUAAUUUGAAUUAUAUCCACAGCACUUUAUUUUAGAAUAACCACCGUAUGAACUGAUCCAAGCUGCUGUCCAGCAGCUGUCAGAGAUGCUGAGACGCUUACCUUUAAUCCACUUUAUACCUUUACGUUACUCUUUACGAAGUAUUUCCAUUUAGCAGCUGUAGAAGAUAAAAAUGUUUUAAAUGUUUUUUAAAGAAAAGAAACAGGAAGUGACGACGAGAUAACUGAUUAUCUGUUUUUACAGAGUCUGAUUGAAGUUUCAGAUUUCAGAUUCUUCCUUUAAUUAAACUACAAUAAGUUAUCAACAUUUAAUCAGCUUAAUGCACUUUAAUUAUUCGUUCAUUGUCUUAAUCAGCUUUAUGAUUCAUGUAUAAUAAUUAAUAUGUUUUUACACGCUGUCAACAUGAUAUGAAUUUUAUCUAUAUUCUGUUAUUAUUAAUAUUAUUAAUAUUAUUAUCUGACUUUACUUUGAGAUGCCUUCUUUAAAACAUCUUUCUGUUUUCUACUGUUUCUACUGUUUGAGUAGGUCAACUUCCUGCUACCUGAGAAUGACUGUUCAGGUGUGUGACAUCACGUUAUCAACAUACAGAAACGUUUUCACGCUGACUGAGAACAGGAAGCGUCCCACAUGCUGAGUUAACCCUUUAAAGUCACUUCCUGUCGUUGCAUCAAACUGUCUCGUGUUAUUUCUGUUCUUAUGAUCAUAUCCGAGCUGCUGUGUCACAUUUAGACAGCACACAUGCAGGAUGGGAAGUUUACUGGCUGUAUCCGUCUGGUUUUGAUGGACCUGAUGGUUCUGAUGGAUCUGAUGGACCUGAUAGUUCUGGUGGAUCUGAUGGAUCUGAUGGAUCUGAUGGUUCUGAUGGACCUCCCUGCUGUCUGUCUGUUGUUGUAUUUCUUCAGUUAUCAUGUAUUUAUGUAAAUACUUUCCUAUGGGACCAAGUAUCUGUCAGUGUGUUCCGGACACGCAGAGCAUGUUAGAAUAUGAAGACACCACCUGUUGUUAACCUUUGAAUUAAAGCCGUUCUGCUCUAUCA